UUUCAUUUAAUCUAAUCGAUGCCGGAGUUCCACGUUCCAGUUAUGAGGCCCUAAUGAAACAAGAAUCUCAAGAGUUGGGCCUCUACAAUCACACCGACAAAGUUCGCAUUCUGACCAAUGUCAAUUUUAAGGAUGAAGUCCUUAAUCGCAACCAUUCCAUUUUGGUCGAAUUCUAUAACAGUUAUUGUGGCCAUUGCCGUAAAUUUGCCCCCACAUACAAGAAAUUGGCAGCCGAACUCUAUGAUUGGCGUGAUAUUAUACCAGUAGCGGCCAUUGAUUGUGCUGCGGAUGAGAAUAACGGCAUUUGUCGUGAAUAUGAAGUAAUGGCCUAUCCAACAUUGAGAUAUUUCGGUCCCGGCUAUACACCAUCGGAUAGUAAUUAUGGCAGUCGGAUAAUGACCCAAGACAAGGAGCAGAUACGUAGCAUUUUAGCUGAAUUUGUGGCAGCCGAAAACAAAACGAGCAACAUGAGUUCCUGGCCUGACUUCAAACCUCUAGAGGCUUCACAUACAUCUUCCACGCCGGCUCUGUUUGAAGGUUUGGAUAGUUUAAAGAAAUAUGUGGUGGUGGUCUACGAACGAGAGAACUCGACAAUUGGUAUUGAAACCAUACUACAUUUCGUCAGAUAUCCAAAUAUUGUGGUCAAACGCACCUCCAACUCUGAAUUAGCUGCCAAAUAUCAACUGGAUGGCACUCGUUAUCGUAUUGCCACCGUCAAUCGGGAUGGAACCAUUGUACCAUACAGCUCCUUGCAUGAAACUUCCCUAUCGUACAAGGAGACAAUUGAAAGUUUCCUCAAAUCACAACACAUAACGGAAAAACCACCCAGUAAACAUGAAAGCGAUUCCACUUCCUCCUCCUCUUCGUCGCCGCAUGCAUUAUCAUCGGCCGAACAUGAAGUUGCCAAAAUUAUCGAAGAAGUUAAACGUAACAAACAUAUGGUAUAUCAGGCUGAUUUGGAAAUGGCCGUACGGGGUAUUCUCUACAAUGAAAUACCCAAAUCGUCGAAUAUAAAUGGUGAAAAAAUGACUGCCCUGUUGCGUUUUUUGGGCGUCUUGGAAAAAUAUAAUCCUCUCAGUAACUCGGGUAGAGCUUUGAUAAAAGAAUUAACAUCGUACGCACGUAAACAUAGUUCCGAGUUAUCGGGUGGUGAUUUUGAACAGGAAUUACAACGACUGGAAAAACAAUUGGGUAAAAUAUUUUCAUCACAUCGUUAUGUCGGCUGUCAAGGUUCCCGAACGGGACUGCGAGGUUAUACCUGUUCGCUGUGGCAAUUAUUCCAUUAUAUGAGUGUUCAGGCGGCGACCGAAGAUAAAAGUGAUGAUCCAUUGGAAGUUUUACAGGCCAUCCAUGGUUAUGUUAAGCAUUUCUUUGGCUGUACCGAAUGUUCGGAACAUUUUCAGGAAAUGGCAAAACGACGACACAUCUUCAAUAAUCCAACCAAAGAUGAUGCUGUUCUAUGGCUAUGGGCUGCACACAACGAGGUAAAUCAACAUUUGGCCGGUGAUGAUACGGAGGAUCCGAAAUUCCCCAAAAUACAAUUCCCCACAGCAUCCAGUUGUCCGCAGUGUCAUAAAUCAAAAGCAUCCGCUGCUUCUUCUUCCUCGGCCACUGCCCAUGAUUGGGAUAACGAACACGUUUUGAAAUUUCUAAAAAAUAUACACAAUCCCGAAUUUGUUAGCCGUUACGGUGUUGAGGAUCAUGAACUACUAACACCCACACUCGACAAAUUACGUCAGAAACGUAUGAUCGGCAAUGUUUUUUCCGACAUGGAUAUGGGCAUGGGAAUGCUGUUAUAUGGAUUUUGUAUUGUAAUGUUGGUGGUGGCAUUUAAAUUAUUUGCUGUUAAAAAGUCAGGUUAUAGGAAAAAACCCUAUGGCCAUGAUUUGUUGGGUAAAGUGUAA